AUGCCGGUGAUGAAGGGCCUCCUGGCCCCCCAGAACACCUUUUUGGACACCAUCGCCACCCGCUUCGAUGGCACCCACAGCAACUUCCUGCUGGGCAACGCGCAGGGCCACCGCGGCUACCCAAUCGUCUACUGCUCGGACGGCUUCUGCGAGCUGACGGGCUUCGCACGCACCGAGGUGAUGCAGAAGAAGUGCAGCUGCCGCUUCCUGUACGGCAACGACACCAGCGAGCACGUGGCCCAGCAGAUGGAGAAGGCCCUGGAGGGACGAGAGGAGUUCCAGACUGAGGUCCACUUCUAUAAGAAGAACGGGACCUCUUUCUGGUGCCUGCUGGACGUUGUGCCCAUAAAGAACGAGAAGGGGGAGAUGGUCCUAUUCCUCUUCUCAUUCAAGGACAUCACUGACAUACACGGCAAAGUGCAUCACAAGAAAGAAGAGGAUAAGAGGCGGAGCAGGAAGAGUGGCAGCUCUCACUUCAGCGAAGCCAGGAAGCGGGGGCGGACCAUGAUCUACCAUCUGUCCAGCCAGUUCUCCAGAGGCGGCAAGAGAGAGGUCAACUUGGGCAGUAACAUGUUUGAGAAGCCCUCGUCCCUCCCGGAGUAUAAGGUAGCGGCGGUGCAGAAGUCCCGCUUCAUCCUGCUUCACUACAGUGUAUCCAAGGCAUUAUGGGACUGGAUGAUCCUCCUGGCCACCUUCUAUGUGGCGGUCACCGUGCCCUACAACGUCUGCUUCACGCCUUACGACGAGCUGGACACGGCCGCCCGCGCCACCAUCGUCAGCGACAUCGCCGUGGAGAUGCUCUUCAUCCUGGACAUCAUCCUGAACUUCCGAACAUCCUUUGUGAGCACGUCGGGUCAGGUGGUGUACGAGACACGCUCCAUUUGCAUCCACUACGCCACCACCUGGUUCUUUGUCGACCUGGUGGCUGCACUGCCCUUUGACCUGCUCUAUGCCUUCAACAUCACUGUGACCUCCCUGGUCCACCUGCUGAAGACGGUUCGCUUGCUGCGGCUGUUGAGGCUUCUCCAGAAGCUGGACCGUUACUCCCAGUACAGUGCCAUGGUGCUCACCCUGCUCAUGUCCAUGUUCGCCCUGCUGGCCCACUGGAUGGCCUGCAUCUGGUACAUCAUCGGACGCAAGGAGAUGGAGAACAACGACCCAGACACCUGGGACAUAGGUUGGCUCCAUGAGCUGGGCAAGCGUUUGGAGACUCCAUACGCCAACAGCACACUGGGCGGACCCUCAGUACGCAGCUCCUAUAUCGCUGCCCUCUACUUCACCCUCAGUAGCCUCACCAGCGUGGGCUUCGGCAACGUGUGUGCCAACACUGACGCCGAGAAGAUCUUCUCUAUCUGCACUAUGCUCAUAGGGGCCCUGAUGCAUGCGGUGGUAUUUGGUAACGUGACGGCCAUCAUCCAGCGGAUGUACUCCCGGCGCUCCCUCUACCACACGCGCAUGAAGGACUUGAAGGACUUCAUCAGGGUUCACCGUCUGCCCCAGCAGCUCAAACAGCGAAUGCUGGAGUACUUCCAGACCACCUGGUCCGUUAACAAUGGCAUCGAUGCCAACGAGCUCUUGCACGACUUCCCGGACGAGCUGCGGGCCGACAUCGCCAUGCACCUGAACAAGGACAUCCUGCAGCUGCCCGUGUUCGAGGGGGCCAGCCGUGGCUGUCUGCGCUCGCUCUCCCUCCACAUCAAGACCUCGUUCUGCGCCCCUGGCGAGUACUUGAUCCGGCAGGGCGACGCGCUCCACGCUAACUACUUUGUCUGCUCGGGUUCCCUGGAGGUGCUCAAGGACAGCAUGGUCCUGGCCAUCCUAGGGAAGGGGGAUCUGAUUGGCUCCGACCUGCCGGGGACGGAUCACGUGAUCAAGACUAAUGCGGACGUGAAGGCGCUGACCUACUGCGACCUGCAGUACAUCAGUGUGCGGGCUCUAAGGGAGGUGCUGGAGUUCUACCCGGAGUACGCCAGCCUGUUCACCGCAGAUAUCCUCCACAACCUCACAUACAACCUGAGAGAGGGCAGCGAGGCAGAGGGCCUGACAAGGUUCUCCAGGUCGCCCAGGCUUCCACACGUGAGUGCCCUCCCGUCCAUCAUUGAGACAAAAGGAGGUCUCCACGACGACUCAGAUGAGUACUACCACCUAUCACCAGCGUCUCGCACCCGCCGCGCAAACCUCCUCUUGCCCAGCCUGAGCAGCCCCGUGCGCCGCACCUCCCUGGGCAACCUGCUGGGUGACGAGCUGAGGCAGUUCAAUGCCCUGCGCCGCUGCCGUUCGCCCAACCCGACCCGGGGAGGCCUACCCCGGGGCCACAGCCUGUCUUCCCCACAGCCGCUGCCGAAAAAGGAGCACAGUGUACCAGUGGCAGCCCCUGCUAGUCCCCCUACCUCAGGGGAGUUGGGGGCAGGGAGUCAGGGCCGCAAGCCCUCCAAGCUGCUGAUUCCCACUGUCAGCUGUUUUGUACCGCCGGACCUCAGUCCAAGGGUUGUUGACGGCAUCGAGGACAAUGGUCGCACGUUCCUCUUCAACAUGGAGCACAGUGGGCCCAAGGCCAGCACCACAGGACGUCCCAGCGAAGAUAUGAGGCAGGUGAAUGCCACUUUGCUUCUGGAGUCGGAAGAGGUUAGACAGAGCAUCAGUCAGCUCAACCAGAAGAUGGGCAACUUGAACAACGAAGUGUCUCAGCUGACCAAGGACCUCCAUCACAUGAUGCACCUUCUUCAGGCCCAGGUGGCUGUGCACCACUACACAGCCUCCCUGUCCUCCUCCUAUCCCUACGCCGUCCAAAUGGUCUCCAACCCCAACCCCACCGCCAGCACCGGCACAGCCUACAACCUGGCCCCCAGCAGCCUGCACCUCCACCAGGACCCUGGGAGCAUGGAGGGGGGACACACGGACACACUCCACCCUUGCUGGGGCUACAGUGAGGCUCCAGGGGGGAGCUGCCAGGCUAGGGCCACAGGGGGGGCACAGCUAGAGGGCCACUACCAGACCCAACCUCAGUCUUCCAGCCCAGGGUCCCCUAGCUUCUACCAUGUGACAGACUCGGCGGCCAUGCCAGGACCCUGCCGGGGAUCUGGUAGAACCUCACCCCAUCCCUGGACUGGCCCUUCCUUGCUUAGCAUUAGCCCAACCUUACAGAGUGGUGGUAGCCCAGGCACGGCUCCCACUGCUGGGCAUGAGGACUUUGGCGACAGUCGCCCUGGCCUUGACACUAUCCCAGUUAGCAUUAGCCAGUCCCAACCCAGCUUGUGUCUGCAGCCGCCUAGCAGCGGUUUGUACAGCUGUCGGCUGUCUAGUGCUCCCACGUCUACUCACAGCCUCCUGGAUGCCUGCCCCAGCACCUACCCGCACAUCUACCUAGCCUCAGAACCCCUUUUACACCCUCAAUACACAUCCACCUCCAGCCUCCUUGACGAGGACCUGCACAGUCUGUCUGUCCACUCCAGCCCUGGAACUGCCCCCUCCUUCCCCAGGCCAUCGUCCGUCUGUUCCCAGGACUCAGAGUCUCCUCCUAGGCAGGACAACUGCGCUCCUCCCCACAUCCCCUUGGGAGACUCAGCAGUGGUGGGACACACCAGUCUGGAGUGCCUGCUGGGGAAUGGGGGCUCCACGGAGAGCAGGGACAGCGAGAGCCCCGGGACCAGGUCGAGGAGAUCCAGCCUGGGAGUUCAGACUCAGUGCACAGAGCAGUCCUGGUGCCUGGACCUGACGGACUAG